UUAUGUUUUUUAAGGGCCAGUUCUGCAGUGAGCGAGUGCAAGACAGAGACAGAGGCCCCAUCUGCUAUGUGCUUUGACUUCUUCUGCAUAAUUCAUCCACCUGCAAGAAAGAUAACUGGAUUAAUCUCUAAUUGCCCGCAAACCCUAAUCUGUCGGGCAGUGAACCUGAGUGACUUCACCGGAAAAAAGUUGCAGAAGCACAUGGCGUGAGAGACAGAGAUGGAGGCAAGCUAUAGAACAAGGGGCUGGUUCAGAAGUAAACUCCGAGUGACAGAAGCAGGCCCACCGGAGGGAGUGAAGGAGGCUUUUGAGAGGUAUGCUCAAGGUGGGACCGAGAUGAGUGUCGAGCAGCUGCGGCGGUUUAUGGUGGAGUUCCAAGAGGAAGGCGGCACAACGCUGGCCGAAGCCAAGAGGAUCGUCGAGGCCGUCCUGCUGAGGGGGCAUCGCCACAUUCCUAACUUCACAAGGAAAACUCAGAACAACACUCUGACUCUCGAUGACUUCCAUCAUUACUUGUUCUCUGCCAGUCUCAAUCCUCCCAUUGGUAAUCAGGUCGACCAUGACAUGAAUGCUCCUUUGUCUCACUAUUUUGUAUAUACCGGGCACAAUUCAUAUUUGACAGGAAACGAGCUCACUAGCGAUACCAGUGAUGUUCCGAUAAUAAAGGCGCUGCAGAGGGGUGUGAGAGUCAUUGAACUUGAUAUAUGGCCAAAUUCUGUAAAAGACGAUGUGCUAGUUUUCCAUGAAAGAACCUUGACAUCUCCAGUGGAGCUCGUUACAUGUUUGAGGUCAAUUAAAAAGUAUGCUUUUUCUAAAUCACCAUAUCCUGUCAUAAUUGUUCUUGAAGACCAUCUUGACCCACAUCUCCAAGCUAAAGUUGCGAAGAUGCUUAUUCAAACGUUUGAAGGUACACUAUUUUACCCUGAAUCUGAAUCGUUAGAAGAGUUCCCUUCCCCAGAAAAGCUAAAGCACCGGAUUAUAAUUUCAACUAAACCUCCAAAAGAGUACCUUGAAGCUAAUCGUAAAAACAGAAGAAGUAACUCGGAGAAGGAAAAUGAUUCUGAUGAUGAUGCACGGGGAAAGGAGGCAGAAGAGACAGCUGAUGAAAAAGAUGACGAGAAGAAUGAUAGUGAUGCAAGUGCAAUCAAUCAGGAUUAUGAUGUCAUGAGCUGUGAUCCUGAAUCAUGCCAACUGGCUGCACCUGAAUACAAACGUCUGAUUGCCAUUCAUGCAGGAAAACCCAAGAAUGGCUUGAAAGAGGCACUUAAAGUCGAACCUGGUAAAGUUAGACGUCUUAGUCUGAGUGAACAAGCACUUGAAAAGGCUGCUGAAUCAAAUGGUACAGAUGUUGUAAGAUUCACUCAGAAAAACUUUUUGAGGAUAUACCCCAAAAGUACUCAGCGUAAGUCGCUCAACUACAACCCACUAAAUUGGUUGGACGCAUGGAUCUCAAAUGGUUGCAUUUAUCAUGCAGGUUUUGUCUCUACUUCACUUUAUUAUUAUUAUUAUUAUUAUUUUUUAUUUUUGAGCUUACUAUGUCCAGAAAUUAUGUAUUCUACGUCAGAGCUAUAUGCUCAUUGCAUAUGGUUUCGCAUUUAUGCUUCAGAAAAAUUUCUGUCCUUUCUGGUCUUCUAAAAUUUUAAGAUAUUAUUAUCAUAUUGGAAUAGUAGUUGUAGGGUUUUCAGACAGUGAUUUAGUGCUGAUAUACAUCUUAGAGAUCUCAGUAUUUUAUAACUGUAGUUGCUUUUCUAAAAAGGAUGCUGGAGAUGCUGAUCUUGAUUUGGUCUAUCAAUCUAACUGAAUCUUCUUCAAAAGCUAAAGAGCUCUCUAUUGACCUCAAAAUAGCCAUCCUUAGCAUAAUUCUCGUCUGCCAAGGAUCAACUCAGAUCCUGGAUCUUAAAUUAGAAGUUUCCAGUUUCCUACCAAGAACUUAGGCAGUAUUUGGGACAAAUCCAGAAUUUUGUCCUCUUCGUUUGUAAAUCCACACUUAGUUUAACUAGAAGACGGUAACACUGAAACAAUAAUUGCUGGAUGAAAUUUGGAGUGAAUUGGUUCCAAUUUAUGUAGAUUUCCAAAUUACGCCAAUUUUUAUCAUGUUGUAGUUGGACUUGGUUUUGCAAAUAAAUUCCACGAAUUCAAUAGAUUUGUUCCCCCACCUAGCCUUAAGGUUGCUACUAUGAGCAGAAUGUUAUUCACCGAUUAAGAAAGCCUAAUAAUAUAACGAUCCGGAAAAUCUAAAAGGAAAUAGAUAAUAACUUAAGUGCGCAAGUAAAAUAAAAGGUUAAAAUUUACAUUUCUUACACAAUAACUCAA